CAGCCCCGGGGCGGGCGGUACGGGGCGGUGCGGGGCGGCGCCGCUCUCUAUGUCCGUUGCCCGUGGCAGGCCCGCUGUUUACUUCCGUCCGCAUGGGGCGCGGGGCCGAGCGCCGUCCGCCCGCCGCCAUGGCCGAGCCCGCCGGGGAGCCCGAGCUGACGGUGCCCGAUGGGUGAGGAGGAGUGGUCAGUUUGGAGCCUGUCACCUCUUUACAGUGUGUCUCUCUCUCUCUCUAAUCCAAUUUGGAAAACCUGUUUGAAUUCAAGUAUAAACAAUCAGGUGCUGUUUUCACGUUUGGAAAAAGCAGCUUUGCAGAAAAUGUUCCUAGCAAAUUCUGGUUCAAAAAUGACAAGCCUGUACAUAUAUCAUGUGGAGAUGAACAUACUGCUAUUGUUACAGGGAAUGGUAAACUUUACAUGUUUGGCAGUAACAACUGGGGCCAAUUAGGACUAGGAUCAAAGAAUACUGUCAGCAAACCAACAUGUGUUAAAGCUUUAAAGCCAGAAAAAACACAACUUGCUGUUUGUGGAAGAAACCACACUUUAGUUUACACAGAAAAAGGAAAUGUGUAUGCUGCUGGAGGUAACAGUGAAGGUCAGUUGGGAUUAGGUGACACAGAGGAAAGGACCACGUUUCAUUUAAUUAGUUUUUUUACCAACCAGCACAAGAUCAAACAGCUAGCAGCUGGAUCAUACACUUCAGCAGCAGUAACUGAGGAUGGGCAGCUCUUUGUCUGGGGUGAUAAUUCAGAAGGUCAGAUUGGCUUGGCUGAUAAAGCUUAUGUCUGUGUCCCUUGUCAAGUGGAUGUUGGAAAACCCGUUUUGUCUGUAUCCUGUGGGUAUUAUCAUUCUGCCUUGAUAACAGGAGAUGGUGAGCUCUAUACUUUUGGAGAACCUGAGAACGGGAAACUGGGAUUAUUGCCUGAACAGCUGAAGAACAAUAGAGUCCCACAGCCUGUACUGGGAAUUAUGGAAAAGGUUAAUAAGGUUGCUUGUGGUGGAGAACACACAGUAGUGCUUACAGAGACAGAUGUAUAUACUUUUGGACUUGGACAGUAUGGGCAGCUGGGACAUGGCACUCUUACUUUUGAAACUUCAGUACCAAAGUCUGUGGAACACUUGAGGAGGCGUAAAAUACAUAACGUUACAUGUGGGGAAAAUCACACUGCUGUAAUAGCAGAGAAUGGCCUCAUGUUUACUUUUGGAGAUGGGCGACACGGCAAGUUAGGCCUCGGAGAAGAGAAUUUUGCGAAUCAGUUUGAUCCCGCUCUAUGUUCUAAUUUUUUGAGUUUCACAGUCCUUUUGGUGGCUUGUGGUGGUUGUCACAUGCUUGUUUUUGCUACUCCGAGACCUAAAGAAUCUGAAGAAAUACUCUUAGAAGAUUUAUAUGAGAGCCGUUUGAUUGCUACUAUCUCUAACAUGAGUGGAGAGUCACUAGUAACAAACACCUUACAGCUAACAUCAGCACGAAUGCGACGUCGAGAGAGGGAAAGGUCACCAGAACAGUUGAUUCGAAUGGUACGAACUCUGCCUCCACUGGGAGAACACUGCUUAAAAUCUUCAUUGCAUGUGUCUAGCAACACCAGCCCACUCUGUUUUUCUGCAACAAGUCAUCCUAAAGCUGUGCCUGUGGAGGAGAGACACCAUGAAAAAGAAAAGAAUCAUCAAAAAGAUGAACCUAGUGACGGCUCUGCAGAAGAUUCAGAUAAUGAAAAUAAAGACAGAAACCUUGGAGAUACAACUGACAUCCUAAAUAUGACACAUGUGAUGAAAUUGAAUUCCAGAGACCAGUCCUUAAUACUAUCACCAAUCCAAAAACAAAAGGAACAAAACUCAUCUGGAGAUGAGGAGACAGAUGAAGAAGAAGAAGGUGAAGAAGAUGUAGAAGAAGAAGUAGAAGAGGAGGAGAAGGAGGAAGAUGAGGAGGAAGACGAGGAAGAGGAGGAGGAUGAGGAAGAAAAAGCAGAAGAAAAAGAAGAAGCAGGAGAAGGAGAAGCAGAAGGAGAAGGAGAAGGAACAGACAAAGAGGCAAUGGAGGAAAAAUAUGAAAAAAAGAAACAUCAUAGUAAAGCACCUGAGGGAGAGAAAACCAGGAAUAGCACAGUGGAAACUGUAGAGACAGAAGAGACUACUCAGAAAGAGACCAUCAUUGAGCAGGAGAAAGAAAGCACUGACAAUCAUACUGUGGAUGAUUCUUCAGAGAACACUGAGGACCAAAUAGCUGAAGGAAUAACUGGGAGAAAAAAAUUUUCCCUGUUUAAGCGAAAGCCACUGACAAGCCAGAAGAAUGUAUGCAACAGAAAGGAAGAUUUAUCUGGAAAGCCAUUCCAGAGUGAACAAGAAAAAGAAGAUUUGUCUGGUGAAGACAGUAAAGAUGAAAAUCAGAAUCAUACAUUGGAGAAUUCCAAGGAAACUGUGGCUGACCAGGACAGAAGGAUGAAAUCUUCUACUUGUAUAUUACUCUAACACUGUUAUAAUAUGGAAGAAUGUGACAGUCUUAAAGCACAUAAUGCAAUUUAUACUUGAAAACAGUUACGAGUUACUGAAGCUGUUGAUGGUUGCUUUGAUUGAUUUGAUUGUUGUGAUUUUAAACAUGCGGACCAUUUUCGUGGUAUUUAUUGGUAAUUUUAAUAGUUGCAAUUGAUAUGUCUGUCAGAAUCUUGCUGGAGUUCUGUGGCCUUAACUGUUAGUGUUGUAAAACAAAAUAUAUUUUUUUAUGUGAAAAGUUGAAUACAGGCAUUUCAUGUUUUUUUGCUAAAUAACUUUAUGCUGUUUCAGUCUACAGAGCGCCACUUUUAGUUUGAUGCUCUUGCAAAACUAUAAAUAUUUGAUGUUAAGAUAUUAUUUGACUUAAACUGGGUGAGAAUAUUGAAGUUCACAUUUUAAAGACAUACUUACUUAGUACAAAAGACAGUACACACUUACAUGUGCCUCCUUCUGUUUUGACUUAGAAAAAUAGCAAUAAACACCCUGUGUAUUUAACAUCUAGGCCCUCGUUGAGGAAGUUACUUAAGUAUGUGCCUAAUUUUGUAAAUGGCAGUAGUUCCAUUGGAAACGGUACCUCUAACAAUGACAUAAAUAUGUAAGUCAGAAUCCUGCCAAACUGGGAGUUGCACAAACUUCUCAUCUCUGAGAGAAGCUGAAUGCCUUCACUCCUGCUGAAAUCAACAUAAGGUGAUGGGACUCUCCCCUCACAGAAUAAAAGGUGGACAUCCUUACUGUAGUUUCAGUUGGAUCCCAAUGCUAUAGUCUUUGAACAUCCAUACCUUAGUCAGUCUGUAGUGAAGCUUUUCUUACAGGAGAAGAAUGCAAUAUUAGUUAUUAUGGAAUACCUCGAUAUUACAAGCAGAUUGCUGUGGGCUAUAUAGUCACACUUUUUGCAGGCAACCUGGCUUUUCUUCAGAUGGUGAUUAGAAAGCAGGAGUAAUGAAUCCCAUUACUGGUAUGGAUGAGCAGAAUCUUUGUUUUUUUUUAAUUAGUCCAAGAAGCAAAAGUGAGAAACCCACUAUUCUAAUUACCAGCAUCCCCUCUAAAAGAAAUCCGAUUUCUGAACAUUUAGUCUAGAUAAAUAGGAAAUAUAACCCUUACCCUGAUGAAUCUGAUCCAGUAUCUGCUUGUCCCUUACUCAAAUAUGCAUAGUUUUUAUGAACAUACACAAGCCCUAGGAUAAAUUAUAAAAUAAAGAAUUAAUGCUAAACUGAGUACUUGUCAUAAUACUUUGCAAGGGACAGGUGAUCUUUGUAGAAAACCUAGGAAUACUGGAUGUUUGGGUCAUGCGUUGCCAGAGUUACUUAAGAUCUUUUUGUUUUGAACUGUUACUUUCCUUUGGGCUACACUUGAGUUCUGCAAUGAACUGUACAUGAGAUUUUUAUUUUUUUCCCAGCGUGCAUUAUAUUUACACAUUUUCUUGUUUUCCUAAAUGUACAUGUCAUUUCUGCUCUGCUUGGAUGGCAUUGUGAACAGUAAAGAAGUGGAAAAGGAGGGAUAGACCAAUAGUGCCCUCAUUAAUUUAAAUGAGCUUUAGUUAUUUUUAAGGGGAGAAAUUCAGUCACAGAAAUUAUUACCAUAAGGACAUAUACUUCUUUUAAAUGUGAACUCUUUAAGAGGAAAAUAGUACAUUGGAGUGGUAAUUACCCUUGAACUUAAUGCUACCAAAGUUUAUGCAAUGGAGUCUAAGCUGAUGUUCACCAAAGCUGGUUUCAGGAACUCGUAUAUUUAUCUGGUCCAUACCAGAUAGUCCAGUUUGCUUAGGAAAAAGCAGCAGCAAAUUAAUCCAUUCAAAUGUCUUUUUUACAUGUCUUCCUCAGAAAUAAAAAAGAAUAAACAAGUAAAACAAGUUACAUGUACCUGUGUAUUAAUAUAAAACUUUUUUAACAAGUUCACAACCCUUAUGAUAAAAAUGUAAGGUACUUUUAU